GUUAACGGACUGCAGUUUCUGAGCAGUGAAUGGAGAGAUGCGUAAACAAUCACACCUCAGGCUUUCACACAUUGUUCUUCAGAGUGUUCCCUCUGUCAUUAGUUCAGACCUCAGAGUUCGGCACUUCGCUUAUUUGGACUCUUCGAAACUGAAGAAAAGAGAAACCGGCUCGUCCGUCAGGUGAUUAUUAAAGGACAACACCGGCGUUUUUGUUCCCGUCCGUCAUGGCGAUCGCUCACGUCGCCACGGAGUACGUUUUCUCCGACUUUUUGUUGAAGGAGCCCGCGGCGGAGGCCAAGUACAAGGGGCUGCGUCUGGAGCUGGCGGUGGACAAGAUAGUGACGUUUCUGGCGGUGGGGCUGCCUUUGUUUCUCAUCUCGCUUGCUUUCGCUCAGGAGGUGUCAGUGGGUACGCAGAUCAGCUGCUUCGCUCCCACUAACUUCUCGUGGAGGCAGGCUGCGUAUGUGGACUCGUUUUGCUGGGCUGCGGUGCAGCAACAGGCCAACAGUUCCCCACUAUGGCUGCACAAGUUCUUUCCAUACAUCCUGCUCUUACUGGCCAUCCUCAUGUACAUCCCAGCGCUGUUCUGGCGUUUCACUGCGGCUCCGCACCUCUCCUCUGACCUCAACUUCAUCAUGGAGGAGCUGGACCGCUUUUAUAAUCGCUCCAUCAAGCUGGCGAAGAACCUGGCGUCCAGCAAAGACACAUCCGAGGACACGCAGAGCGCUUUGGACCUGACUGAGAGCUGCUUCAAAUACCCUUUGGUGGAGCAAUAUCUGAAGACCAAGCGUUUUUCCCGCUGCGUUGUGGUGAAGUACCUGGUGUGCCGAGGCCUGACCCUGCUGACCCUCCUGCUGGCCUGCAUCUACCUCGGCUAUUACAUCCAACUGGCCUCCUUCACAGACGAGUUUCCCUGCAACCUGCGGACGGGAGUGCUGAAGAACGACAGCGCGGUGCCGUCCGCCGUCCAGUGCAAGCUGGUGGCAGUGGGCGUCUUCAGGCUGCUCAGCUACAUCAACCUGGUGGUGUAUGUGCUUCUCGCUCCGCUGGUGGUGUACGCCACUCUUGGACCGUCACGUCAGAGCACGUGCUUCCUGCGGCCGUAUGAGAUACUGCCAGGGUUCGGUUCUUUAGGCGUGGUCACGCCGUUCUACAACGACCUCAGCAUCUAUCUGCUGUUCCUGCGGGAGAACCUGAGUGAACUCAAAUCUUUCAAGUGUCUGCAGGUGCUCGAGCUACUGCAAGAGGCGGGCGAUGAAGGCCUUGACACCAUGUGCCUGCUGCAGUCUCUGGGUCAGGUGAAGACCGAUGUCAUAGACUGUAAGACGGCGUGCACACGCAAGGACAAGAAAAACACUGACAAGCCUGAGGAAUAAUCUAUCGUUCUUCUUUUCUUUCAGACCUCUCCGCCUUGUCACUAAAUAACUGACUUGAUGAGGAUCGAGCCUGAUGUCGGGGGCCAUAACCAUGUUAGUUUUAUCUCAUUUGCUGAUAGUGUAGUUAUACCAAAGUAUAACUCAAAUGGUUUACACUCAUUCACACAUUCAGUGGUGUUUGACCAAAAAACAUUUACCUCCUACAGUAGAUGUCAUAUUUUUAUAACCUCCUCUAUGGAAGUUAUUUUUUCAGAGCAGCACUGCCUCUAAGCAGAAUUAUGCAAGACCUAUACUUCAUUCAUUUUCUUGAAACUUGGUGGGAGGGUAGGGUUUUGGGCUCAAGAAGAAGUCAAAUUUUCUCCAAUUAAGGGUUGGAUUCAAGAUUUUUCUUCAUUUUCUUCAUUGCUGCAAGGUAGCUUUUAUGAAUUUCCCAAUAACUUAGAUGUAGGUCUGAGGUGCGGCUUUCUCUGAAAUGCAGUUCUUAUGUUUUCAUACGUUUUUCUCUAAUGUAAAUGUAACUUUUCUCAGGAUCUGAAAUCUGAAAUGCCUUCUCAUCAUUAUUUACUGUAUAAACCAGGUUCUUUUGUAAUAACACUAGCUGAUCAGACGCAAGAGCCUUCCUCUGCUGAACUCUGGGCCUACUUGUGUUUACACUUUAUGUAUGGGAUAAGAUGUAGUGAUUGGUCUGGACUGUGAAGCUGUGAAGCAUGUGAUUUUUUAUCUGUAAAUGUAAUGUAUACAACAGCAGUAUAUACUGUGCAUAUUGAAAGUACAGCAAGACCCUGGCUUGUCCAAACUGAGAGAAUCUCUACAUUGUACAUGAAACUUGAAUCAGUAGCCUUCCAGGCCCAGUACAAAU